CCACCAAUGACAUCAACUCCCGACAAGCCUUGCACUUAGAUCCGCUUGGGCCGGCGACUCGAGAAAGCAUGGCGACUGGAAAGCUUGUUAAAGUGUUUUGGAGGUUCGGCCGUCCAGCACAGCUAUCGGCAAGACUGUCCGACAUCCACGCUCAUGGUCGACUAUACGCGAGUGCGGCGGCCGCUCAGACUGUUCACAAUGACAUCCCAGGUGAAAAUCGAGUUCUCACUCAACCCCUCAGUCACCCGGACUUCUUCCGCCUGUCCGAACUAAUUUCCCUGAAGGAUUUAUUUGAGGCCAGGGUUCACCUCGGCCAUAAAAAAGGCUGCAGACAUAGGCUAAUGGAGCCUUAUCUGUUUGGCUGCCGGCUGGAUCAGGACAUUAUUGACCUGGAUCAGACUUUGGAGCUGCUGCAGCAAGCACUGAAUUUCACAGCGCACGUGGCGUACCGGGGGGGAGUGAUCCUCUUUGUCAGUCGACGCCGGCAGUUUUGUCACCUGGUUGAGAGCAUGGCGAGAGACUGUGGGGAGUAUGCUCACACACGCUUCUGGCGCGGCGGACUGCUCACUAACGCACCCAUCCAGUACGGCCCAGGCGUGCGUCUUCCUGACCUCAUCGUCUUCCUCUCCACCCUAAAUAAUGUCUUCCAGCAGCAUGUAGCUAUUCGCGAUGCAGCUAAGAUGAAUAUCCCCACUGUUGGGGUGGUGGACUCCAAUUGUAACCCCAGCCUAGUGACCUUCCCUAUCCCUGGCAAUGAUGACACUCCUUGUGCAGUGGAGCUCUACUGCAAGCUCUUCAAGAUGACCAUCAACCGCGCCAAGGACAAAAGGAGGCAGAUGAAUCUGCUACAUGGUUUCGUAAGCCCAGGCUCUGAAGAACCACGUUCCUAGAACAAGUAAAACAUUUUAUCACGUUUAUCAACAGCUACUCUGUCAUCAGGGAAGGAAUAUUUGCAAAUAACCAGGAUGUAAAACAACAUCCUCAUCUUAUUUUAUGUAGUUACAAAAAGGGUGUGCUUAUAUUUGUGUAAGCCAGAACGUUUGCUUCUAAAUUUCAAGGUUCCUAAAAUGCCUAUAACCAAUACCUUUUGUCUUUCAUGCCCCGUUAAAUUACAUGUGUUUUGCAUUUUAUUGGCAACUUUGACAUACUGCACAUAAUGUGGGCUUGUUUUAUUACCCAUUUAGAGUAUAUAUCUUCAAAAAAUUAUUAGUGACCUGCAUGCUGAUGUAAUGUCCUGAAUGAAAAAGUUUAUGUACACUUGUGUGUAGAACAAUAAAUACAUCUGGUUGAACUAAAA